AUGGAGGAAAUCUGGGAGAAAUCGCAGACAGUCGACCCCGAGGUCCGAGCCUACGUCUACUCCCUCGUCACAGCUGUAGGUGGCAGUUCCAGCUACGACGACACCUACCAAGUAGGCGACGACGCCUAUGCCGCACUCCAGGACCUGACGAAAUGGCUACGAUUAUACGACGAGAAGCUGAACCGCUUCGACGUGAAACGAUGUCUGGCCGAAGCGAAUCUGGUCAAGGGCGAUCUGCUGGAGAUCCUGGCAUUAUGGCCCGAGUCGACGCAGGAGAACAAGCUGAAGGCCAAGCUGGCACUGGCAUGUCUACAAUUGCUCGUUCCGUUGACCUGGCCGAUGGAGUUGGAGGAUGAAAAGACGACGGUCAAUCAUCAUCGACAUCUACCUUAUCUGCAGCUGGCGCAAGUGGGGUAUAAGCGGGCGAUCUUGCAUUAUGAGCAUGCCAAGAUUUUACGGACGUCGGUCAGGAUCGGGCUGCCGAGUAUGAGUGUGGAGAGGCGGGAGAGGACGAAGAGGGAUGAAGGGAUCAUACGCCUGAUGUUGUAUUUGUUCCGGAACAUGGCCAUGAUUGUGCAGCCGCAGAUGUUGCCUUCGCAAGGGGAUGAGAAUGAGAUUAGUCGUUCUUCGACUGUUGAUGUGUUUCAUGACCAGGAUAUCUUUAGUUUGCUUCUCACCUUGGGAUCGGGGGCAAACGACGAAUUUCAGGAUCAGGAUGUGAUUCUGCUGGAGAUUUUGUUCCAUCUGCUGAAGGGAGUGGAUGCGAAGAAGUUGUUUAUGGAGCAGAAGCAGAUGCAGGCGCAAGAGACAGACGAGCUAAAGUCGUUGAUGCAAAGGGAGAAGGCGAUGCACAAGGGCUAUAAUCGACAUGCUCCGAGCAGACACAACCGUUUCGGCACAAUGCUGUGGGUGAAGCGGGAGGAUGAGAAGAUGAGCACUUUGACGGGUCAGGCGAGCAUUGUGGAUGGUGAUGCGACAUUGCAGAUGAUGGACCAGAGCAAGAAGUGGAAUAAGCCGAGACAGCGUGGCAAGAUCGCACAGCAGACGAACGAGCAGACUGAUUUUGGGGAGAAGGUGGAGUUGACGGAAACUGCGAGACAGCAUCUGCGAAGCUUCACCGAGGACUUCCUAGAUUCUGGCUUCAAUCCUCUAUUUUCCAGCUUACGAAAAGCGAUCGAGCGAGAGACGGACAGAGUGGGCGAAGUGCACAAGCGACAGUACUUCUACCUCAUCAAUUGGUUCCUUUCAGCAGAAUCGGCUCGACGAAGCCAAGCAGAAGCCUCCCAACGACCACUGGAAGAUAGCACAUUCGCAUACAUCGCUGCUGUACUUGACCAAGAGACUUUCGUCCUACUCAACAGGCACAUGCAACGCUUCUUCGAUGAGAAGAACUGGAUCGAUCUGCAAUCGACACUUUUGGCUUUCACCCAGAUUCUGCUUACAGUACAAACUAUGGCGGAGAGCAAAGACGAAGAAGAUCAGGAAAUUGCGGAGAACAUUCAGAAUCGCAUCUUCUACGAGGAGGCAACUCACGACCGGAUCGUGCAGAUCUUGAGAGGCUAUACAAACCAGGGUUUCGCUUAUCUCGACACAGUAACAGAGUGUGUCCAUGUCUUUGUCCGCAUGCUAGAGAGGUACAGCAAGCAGAACGCCGACCUACAUAUCCGCUCAAAGCGGCGAGCACGGAAGAAGGCAAGUAAGCAGAGCAACACCACGGGCCAAGACGACCCCGAAGACGCUGCUGAAGAGGAACGAUCAGCUCACGCCACAGUAUCGGAACGCAAAUUCGACUUCUCCCGUUUCAGCGCAAAGUUCCUAUCACAACCUUGCGUUGACACCUUCAUCUCAUUACUCUAUUUCUACGCCGAUCUAAACCCAGAUCAGCUGAAACGGUGUCAUCGGUACUUCUACCGUCUGGCGUUCAAGCACGAACUGGCCAUCCUAUUGUUCCGCGUCGAUAUUCUCCAGCUCCUACACCGCAUGGUCAAAGGUCCUAGAGGUCUAAGUACGGAAAUCGACGGCUACAAAGACUGGGAGGCGCUGGUGCAGCAAGUCUUCCGGCGAUGCGUCAAGUGGCUUUCCAAGGACGUGGCGGGUGAUGGAUGGAAGGAGAUGUGCGUGACAGAGAUGCUGUUUAGUAAAAUCCCGGCUUCGGUGUUUUACCUGCAGAACGGGUACGAGAGGGUUGUGGAGAAGCGAGCGCCGCGAGCACCGGCGGAGUUGGAGUUUAAGGGGACUGUGGAGGAGGCGAUGAAGGUUCCUGUCAUUGUCAGCCUGUUGCUUGAGCAGAGUAAAGGAGAAAUUCUGGAUUGGGUGAAGAGGGAGUUCGAGCGGGCGAUUGAAGAGAGGAAGGCGUGGGAGGCGGAGAGGGCGGCUAUGUCCUCCAUCGAACGCGAGGCCGAGGGCGAGUGUCCCCACAUAGGAGCUGUGUUACCACCGCCUACCAUCUUCCUCAGCCGCGGCACGGACGAGCGCAAAGAGCAAUUGUUCAAGGAUAAGCACUUACGACUCCUCCUUACCACCAUCGGCUGCGAACGACUAGGUACAGUGGAAGACGCUGAUGCGAGCUGGACUAUACCCUCCGAUCUCUCGACGGAGGAAGUCACUGAAGGACUUGCUGCUAUCAAACGCACCGAGUUCGACCCUCCACAUUUCGAGGAAGGCAAGACGGCGGCGGAGAUGGUGCGGAACAAAUCUGCCGUGAGGCGAGUAGCGAUCAAUACGUACGACUCAGCCGAUGACGAGGAUACCGAUGGCAAUGCUGGUGCUGGCGCAGGAGCAGGUGAAUCCGAUGUCAAUGUAGACGCAUCGCUCUUCCCUCCCAACCUCCGCGAAUCUCGCAAAGAAACAGAUGGCGAGGAAAGGCCUAGUAAACGCCGCCGCCUCACGAAACGCACCCGCACAGAGCUGACGGAUGCUCAAGCCGAUGAGCGAGCUGCGGAGAGGAGGAGAAGGGAGAAAGAGAGGAAUUCGAAGAUCAAGAGUAGGUUGUUUGUUACGGAGAGCGAUGAUGAGAGUGAUGCCGAUGCGGACGCGGAGUUUUUCCGGUUGGAGGCGGAGAGGAGGAGGAAGACGGCGGGGGAGAUCCGCAGUGCACUUUUGAAGCGAAUGGAGGAAGGGGAUGGUGAGGAGGGUGGGGUGUUGGAUGUUGAGGCUGGGAAGAAAGAGAAGGGGAAAAGUAAGCAGAAGAGGGGGAGUGCUGCGGAUGCUGGUGCUCGUGGAAAGAGGGCGGAGAAGAGGAGGAAGACUGCUUCUCCUCUUGCCACCACCGACGAUGAAAUGGAAGACGACGAGGAUCUCGUCGGAGCUUCUUCUUCCGAAGCCGAGGAAACAGCGCCGCGACCAACGAAACGACGACCGAUCUUUGAGGAGGAUAGUGAUGUGGAUACAGAUACAGGUGCUGAUGCUGCUACUGCUACUGCUGCUCCGACUGCGACUGCGACUGCGACUGUCACGGAAGCCGAGCCCGCUGCAAUAGUAUCCCAAACGCGGCAGAAGCGACCAGCUAUGUUCGAGGAGGAUAGCGACGAAGAUGAUGGCGAUGCUAUGGACGGAGUGAAACCUCAUGAUCCGGCCUCACCUGCGCAGAAAGCGUUGAAGGAGGUUUCGGGGAAUGCUGGGUUGAGCGGGACGCUACUCGAUGGGCUCAAUGACCGGGAUGAGGAUGAGCACGAUGUACCUUUGGUCAAGCCCAUAGUGAGAAGAGGGACGAGGGCGGGGUUUGUGGUUGAGGAUGAUAGCGAUAGUGAUGAUGAGUGA